GAUAUUUGUGGUACAUUGAGACUUUGUAUGCUCAGCACAAUUCAGUCAAUAUAACAACCCUGUUAAUUCAACAGCGCCCUCAUUCAAUUGAUCACAGGUAGCAACAAGUACACCAUUUACACUACUAGUCGACAUUAGAAUCAAGAUGUCUGUAUCCAAAGCAUUGCAGUUUAUGGAUAAAAAAGAUCUUGAGUGUGCCAUCUGCCUCAACAGGUUUCACCAACCAAAGACACUGAAAUGCAUGCACACCUACUGUCUACAGUGUAUCCAGAAAUGGGUGGAAACUCAUGGAAAGAUGAAAUGUCCAACAUGUGGACAAGAACAUGAUUUAACAAAGGAAGACCUAAAAAAGCUGGUUUCCAAUACAAUGAUAAGUGAACUACUAGAGUAUGUCACGAAAAUUGAGGAUCAGAAACCGACUAAAUGCUCUUUCUGUGACAAUCAACCAUCGUACCACUGCUCAACAUGUCAGCUGUAUCUAUGUGGAGGCAACUGUAUCAAACAACACAAGGCCGUACCUUCAACUAAGGAUCAUCCACUUUACACAUUAGACAUAAAAAAACAGGAGGGCAAUCAAUGUCCAGCUCACUGCAACAACACACUAGAAUUUUACUGCACUACUUGUAACAAAUCUGCAUGUAAGCAAUGUGAACACAUUUUUCACUGUUAUCAAAAACAACAUGAAGUGAUUCCAAUGUCAACUGCUGUAGAUGAGUUUAACAAAGAUGCCAAUGAAAUUGUUAAGUUAGCUCAUGAAAUUGAAAAUAAAUUAACAGAAAAACUAAAAAUUUUAACUAAAGACAGAUUACAAUUUGAUUCCCAAGUAAAGUUAUGCAGAACAGCCAUAGAAAUUCAUGAAAAGAAACUUAUCAAGAAAGUUCAAGAGAAAAGCAAAGAAUUAAUAUCAGAUCUUGACAAUAUAUACAAAACAAAUAAAGGAAAUUUCGAUAGUGAAGUUAAUGAUAUUGAUUCAAAGAUGACUCAAUUAAAGAAUCUAAUAGUUUCAAUCAAUUCAAUAAUGAACAAACCAGAAAAAACAAAAACUCUUUCAUCCAAAAUGAAAACUAUAAAAGCUGUUAAAGACAGUGUCCUAGAAACUGAUUUUGAACAAUCAUUUCAACAGAGAAAUAUCAAACCAAAUUGUAUUCCAUCCAUGCAACUGGAUGAGUUGAUGAAUACCGAGGGCAUUGGUAAAAUCACAACUGCUGAUAGCAUGACAUACAAUGUUGCUGAAGAUGAUGAACAAAUUACUGUGACAAAAGGUCAACCAUUUGUAGUGAAAGUAUCAAGUCCAACAGAAACUAAUCAAUUAGUUGCAACACUACUGAACUCAUCAGGUGAAGAAUCAGCAACUCAGAUGGAAUAUCAGGAAGGUAAAGAGUACAAAAUAACAGGUAGAUGCAAUGUGGAAGGUAAUUGGAAAAUGAAGAUCACGGUUGGCGCUGCGCACAUAAAAGGAUCUCCUGUGAAUAUCAAGGUAGAAACACUGGGACUUGUUCAUACCAUUGAUAACAUAUCAGAUUAUAAAGAACAUAAUAAAACAGAGAAUGUGACAGACGUAAUUUUAGAUAGAGAUGGAUGCAUAUUAGUAUCAAGCUGUAGUAAAGAUAUAUUGAAAUUCAACCAAUCCGGUUCAUUUGUUGCCAGGAUACAGGUACCACAAGAUUUAGAGAUCUAUUGCAUGCAUCCAACAGGUGAUGGUCACAUAUUGUUUAGUGAUGAAUUAAAAAAUUGUGUUGUAAUGUGUGAUUAUAAAUUUCAAAAAGUCCGCUCAUUUGGUAAUUGGAUGUUGGAAAAUCCAUGUGGCUUGACAUUCAACAAGGAAACUAGAGCCUUGUAUGUUGUAGAUCGUGAUGCUCACUGUAUUUAUAAAUUCAAUGUUGAUCAUGGUAGAUAUCUUGGCACAUUAGGUUCAAAAGGUAAUGGAGUGGGUCAAAUGCUGCACCCAACAGAUGUUGCUUUGACCAAGGAAGGUCAUGUGAUUGUUGCUGACAAUGGAAAUCAAAGAAUACAGAUGUUUGAUGCAAAUGAUAGGUUUAUGACAACUUUGAUACACAGUGGUGAGGAAGAUGGUGAACUUGAUGAUCAUAAUGACGAAGAUGGCGAUGAAGAUGGCGAUGAAGAUGGCGAUGAAGAUGGCGAUGAAGAUGAUGAUGAAGAUGGCGAUGAAGAUGACGAUGAAGAUGACGAUGAAGAUGAUGAUAGUAGUGGUACACUCAGUGCUUCAGGUCCUUGUGGUGUAAAUAUUGAUUUUGAAGAAAAUAUUUUAGUAUCCUCAAUUAGUAAUGGAUUAAAAUUAUUUGAUAAAAAUGGUGUCUUUAUAAAACGAAUUGAUCAUGCAGAUGAUGGAUUAGAAUGUCCAUGUGGAAUCCAUGCAAUCUCCGUUAGACCAAGAAGAGUAGCAGUAGCAGACCACAUUGCCAACAACAUUAAAAUAUUUAAUUAUUAA